GGCCGCCUCCCUCUCUGUGGCGCAGCGACUUCUGCGCAGGCGCCCUGCGGCGGGGGAGGGGGGAAGCGGCUCCUCACGGAGGAAGGAGGUCAACCAUGGCCGCCUCCAUGAUCUGCGGCCGGGCAGCGCUGGCAGCUGCCAAGCGGCUGAGGGACAGCGGCGGAGGCCGCCUUGGGGCCCUGAACACCGCUGCCAAGGUGCUUGGUGGAAGUACAGGCUUGUUGAGUAGCCAUGGGCUUCAAGUGCAGCAGCGAAGGAACUUGUCACUGCAUGAAUACAUGAGCAUGGGACUCCUGAAGGACGCCGGCAUUGCCGUUCCGCACGGAUUAGUCGCCAAGACUCCGGAGGAAGCUUUCCAGAUUGCAAAAGAAAUAGGAACAAAGGACCUUGUUGUAAAGGCACAAGUAUUAGCUGGUGGCAGAGGGAAAGGAACAUUUGAAGGUGGCCUUAAAGGAGGAGUGAAAAUAGUCUUUUCUCCAGAAGAAGCAAAAGACGUUUCCUCCAAAAUGAUUGGGAAAAAGCUGUACACAAAGCAGACGGGAGAAAAGGGAAGGAUAUGCAAUCAAGUAUUUAUUUGUGAGCGCAGAUAUCCCAGGAGGGAAUAUUAUUUUGCUAUAACAAUGGAAAGAUCAUAUCAAGGCCCUGUGCUCAUUGGCAGUUCUCAAGGCGGUGUCAAUAUCGAAGACGUUGCUGCAGAGAACCCCGAUGCAAUAGUUAAGGAACCAGUUGAUAUUGUGGAAGGUAUCAAAAAGCAGCAAGCAGUAAAGGUGGCUGAGAAAAUGGGAUUUCCUGCAAACUUAAUAGAUGAAGCGGCGGAAAAUAUGAUUAAGAUAUACAACCUCUUUAUUAAAUUUGAUGCCACAAUGGUAGAAAUUAACCCCAUGGUUGAAGAUUCGACAGGAAUUGUGAUGUGCAUGGAUGCAAAGAUCAAUUUUGACACCAAUGCGGCUUAUCGUCAGAAGGAAAUCUUCUGCUUGCGGGAUUGGAGCCAGGAGGAUGCAAGGGACAGGGAGGCAGCCAAAUCAGACAUCAACUACAUCGGGCUGGAUGGAAACAUUGGCUGUCUGGUGAACGGGGCUGGUCUGGCAAUGGCCACCAUGGAUAUAAUUAAACUUCAUGGAGGCACUCCAGCAAACUUCCUGGAUGUUGGAGGCGGUGCUACAGCACAGCAAGUAACAGAGGCCUUUAGGCUUAUCAAUUCUGAUAAAAAGGUGCAAGCUAUUCUAGUAAAUAUUUUUGGAGGGAUUAUGCGAUGUGAUGUGAUUGCGCAAGGUAUCAUUGUGGCGGUAAAAGAUUUGGAGCUAAGAAUACCUAUUGUCGUACGGUUACAAGGUACACGAGUGGAUGAUGCCAAAGCUUUAAUAACAGACAGCGGUCUGAAAAUCCUGGCCUGUGAUGACUUGGAUGAAGCUGCUAAAAUGGUUGUGAAGCUCUCCGAAAUAGUAACCCUAGCAAAACAAGCUCAGGUGGAUGUUAAGUUCCAGUUGCCCAUCUGAUGGGAGGUUCUCCAAUACUGUUCUGUUCUCUUUCCCCUCCCCCCUCCCUUUAUAUAUGUGUGUCUGUGCAGAGGUUUUAAUCCCUUGAUAUUUACUGUUAAUAUUCAGAAUGUUUUACCAUUCAUCUAUCGUAUGGGGGUAUGAUUGACUCUUUAAAGGCCUGCCUCUCCAGCUCACAGCUACAGAAACAGUUACUCUCAGUAAUGCUUGUUCAUUGUCCAAAAGGAGCUUGACAUUGAAAAUGUAUUUCUUCCAAAUAAAAAAAAAAUCUGAAGUCCACAAGGAUUUUUGUAUUUGUCCCAAUAAUGACUCUACUUGCUAGAGCGCACCUGCACAAAAGUCCCCACAGCGUGGCGCCCACAGGCCAUUCAAAAACCGUUUGUGAACCGUAGAGAAUACUACUGCUUGGUAACAGAGGAAUGUAUCUAAAUAACAUUGUAUAUUGAAAAAUAAAUAUUUAUAUUCUGCAGUACAAUGAAGUCGAGCAUAUCACUCGCUAUUUAUGAACAAUGUAUUUCUUCACUCCAUGGAAUGGAUCCGAGACUGUGUUGUGUUGUGACCAGCAGGGUCUCCUCGGGAGCGGCUUUUUCAGGGGAUGGGAGGAAGCAGCGGAACUCCAUCCCAUGAGCAGAGCGGUGCUCUCUGUCCUUCGGCUCCACCCCCAACACUUUGGAAGCAAAACGUGAUUUGAGCCGUCGUAAUUUAAAUCACUACAAAACGAUGUUACUGUGGCCUUUAAAAGGCUUCAUGAUUUUGGGUACCUUUAAAAGUACUAUGUAGUUUUGUACAUGAACAAAAUAAAGCUUAUUUCUUUAGUGCUGGAGCAGACGUACUAAAACUCUUCUUAAAGCAGUUAAUAAAAUGUCUUUAAAAGAAA